AUGGCCGAAAAGUAUCUGAAAAUUGGCCAACGGGUGGAGCUGCCCGGCAAGGACGUCCGCGGUACGAUCGCGUACGUCGGCAUGACCUCGUUCGCCGUGGGCAAAUGGAUAGGCGUGAUUCUGGACGAAGCUAAGGGCAAGAACAACGGAUCGAUAAAAGGGCAUCAGUACUUUUCGUGCGACGAAAACUACGGCAUGUUCGUCCGGCCAACGCAGCUCAUGUUCAUCGACGAAUCGGGCAAUCCGAUCGAGGACGCACAAACACCGGAAGAAAAACCACGUUCCCGACUGAGCAGCUCCCGGAUGUCACUGAACCGCAGCACGAGCUCGCUCGGUUCGAAAACCCAGCUCACGUCCCCGGGCAGCGAACGAGCGUCCGGUCAGUCCUCCAUCCCGACGCCCGUGUCCUCCAUCCCGACGAUGGUGAAACCCGACCGACACGAGCCGCUUCAACGUUCGCACAUGAGCCCACCGGAAUCGCUGCAAACAUCAAAGCGUGCGUCCUUCGUCGAGACCGGUUUCGUGGAAACGCUCAAGCCUCAGUUCACGCCGGGACAAUCGCUUACCUCACCGUCACCCGCGAUGACACCAGCACCCGGUUCGUCCACGGAGGACCGCAUUCACAUUCUGCAGCUGCAGCAAGAGCUCGAAGAGAGCCGGAAGCAGGCGACGGAUUUGAGCGAAAAGCUCGAAACGCUAAAGCAACGCCGGGCGGAGGAUCGCGAGCGGAUGCGCGAGUUCGACAAGAUGAAAACGCAGUACGAGCAGCUGGUGGAGUUUAAGAGUAAAAUUAUGGACGCACAUUCGCAGCUCCAACGUGAUUUGCAACGAGCGAAGCAGGAUGCGAAGGAUGCGAUCGAAGCGCGCGAUUUGCACAGCGAGGAAAUGGCCGAACUGUCGGAAAACGUGGAACUGAUCACGCUCGACAAAGAGAUGGCCGAGGAGAAGGCGGACACGCUGGCGCUCGAGCUGGAGACGGCCAAGGAGCGCAUCGAGGAGCUGACACUCGAUCUGGAGAUUCUGAAGGCGGAAAUGCAGGAAAAGCUGGGCACGGGUACCGGUGGUACCGGUGGUGCCGGUAGUGGAGGUGACGGUCCGAUCGUAGCAUCCACUUACGAGUUCAAGCAGCUGGAACAGCAAAAUGCGCGUUUGCGUGAGACGUUGGUCCGGUUGCGUGAUUUGUCCGCGCACGAAAAGCACGAGAUCCAGAAGCUCGAGAAGGAGCUGGAAACGAAAAAGUCCGAGGUAACGGAACUGCAACGCACAAAGGAAAAGUUCUCGGCCAAAAUCGACGAGCUGGAAACGCAACUGAGCGAUCUGCAGGAGCAAGUGGACGCGGCGCUCGGUGCCGAAGAGAUGGUUGAGCAGCUCGCCGAAAAGAAGAUGGAGCUGGAGGACAAGGUGAAAGCGCUCGAGGAGGAAGUUGCCGAGCUGGAAGCCCUCGAAGAGGUCCACGAGCAGCUGGUCGAAAGCAACCACGAGCUGGAGAUGGACAUGCGCGAAGAGCUGGACAUGGCACACGCCGCCAAACGUGAGGCGGUCCGUGAGAAAGACGCCGCACUCGAGACGAUCGUCGACCGUGACCAAACGAUCCUAAAAUUCCGCGAGCUGGUACAACGGUUGAACGACCAGUGUCAGGAGUUGCGCGAACGAUUGAACCAGGAAUCGAGCAAGCAACAGCAGCAACAGCAAGCGAAGGAUACGGCUCUCAUCACGGAGACGAUCGAUUUCAAGCAAAUGUUCGCCGAAUCGAAGGCCUUCACGCGAGCCAUCGAUCUGCAGCUGCGUCAGAUCGAGCUAACGCAGGCAAACGAACACGUGCGCUACCUGUCCGCAUUCAUGCCGGACGUGUUCAUGGCACGGGGCGGCGAUCACGACGCCAUCCUCGUGAUCCUGCUCGUCUCGCGUAUCGUCUUUAAGGCGGGCAUUAUCGUGAGCCAGGCACGGGAACGCUUCUCGGACGUACCACAAGUGGACCGAGCGGCGAUCCUAUCCGGUCACGAGGUGGCACAGUUUGGCUUCCGUUCGCGCCUGCUGCACCACGUGCACAAUCUGCAAAGCAUCAUGCACCAGUUCCUGUACAGCAUGACCGGUUGCAAUCCGGACACGCUGCUGAAGAUCGGUGCGGCGCUGCCGGAAAUGCAGGCACAAGAGAAGAUGGUGGACGAGAUUGUGGACCUGCUGAAGGCUAACCAGCUGGACGAGAACUCCUCCACGGACAAUCUGGAGAAGUGCGUGACGUUCUUCAACGCCAUGUACGUGGUGCUGCUGACCGGUGAGGAUCUCGUAAACGAAACUCAAAUCGUACGGGAUUGUACCGCUUCGAUCGGGGCCGCUUGCGAUUCGAUUGCGAACGAUUCCAACAUCAUCAAGAUGCUGAUUAAGCCGGGCGACGAGACGAGCGAUUCCGGACUGCUGCUGCAGUACAUUCUGCAAAACGUCGAAAACGUGCGGCAACAACUGAAACUGGUGAAGCGCCGCCUGCCGCAGGACGUGACCAUCACGAAGUGUAACCUCUCGAUGAACACGUUGCGCAAUCUGAAGCGUACGGCGGAGGCACUGAAUAAGGUUAUGAGCGUGCUGUUCUACGCCACCCGCCAGUGCCUGCAGCUGGUAACGGUCGAUCCCGAAACGGAGACGUCCGUACCGCACGACAAGCUAUGGGAGAUCCUGUCGAACGGGUGCGAGAAGGUGUACGAACAGGACGAUCUCGGACCGUCCCAGAACGUGCGCACGGUGCUGAGUGCGUCCAGCACGGACAUGGGUCAACUGGCACAGUAUCUGCUGGAUCACGAGUACGAGAUCAUCUCGGCGACGAAUGCGGGCAAACCGAAAGAGAAACCGGCCGCACCGAUCAUCCUGCGAGCGCAAGCCGUCAAGAAGCAGCUCGAGGAAACGAAAACGCUAACGGCGACGCUCGAGAACCGGGAGGCGGAAAUUCGGCAGCUCAAGCUGGCCGCCAAGCUGAAGCUGAACGAGCUGUCCGAGAUGCAGAUCCGGAAGGAUUUGGCCGAAAAGAAGCUGUCGGUGCUGCAGCAGGAUCACGAAGCGAACACGACGCGACUGCAGAAGCAGUACGACGAGGUGUGCACCAAGUUGAAACAAAAGGAGAAGGAGUUCGAGGAAACGAUGGACCAUCUGCAGAACGAUAUCGAUUCGUUGGAAAGCGAAAAGAGCAGCCUGCGCGAUAAGUUGAAAUCGUUCAGCUCGCGCAAGGUGGAUCUCAAGACGACGACCGCGCUCGAUAUCUCGGCCAGUUCCCCGUACAUCGCGCAGGAACUGUCGCUGCUCAAGCGCGCGUUUAAGGACGAGCGAACCGAGCGGCUAAAGGUGCAAGCGAACGAGUACCGCAAGAUCCUGUCCGGGUUGGAACCACUGCACGUACCGCAACCGAAGGACGAGCGCAUCCAGCAGCUAGAACAGGAGAUUACGCGCGUGAAGCAUGACCUCAUCAUGUCGCUAGUCAAGGGUGCCGAGUUGCCCUCCACCCGCACCGUGCACGGUAGUGUGUCGAAGACGAUUCUUGACCACGAGAACCGCCAGAAGCGGCAGCAGACGCAGAUCCGGGCGAAGGCGGAACAGCUGGCGUGUGACGUUAUGCAGGAGUACCUCCACCGGAAACCGCACCGGGCGGCAAAGGCCGACUUUGCGACGUUCCCAUCGAACGAGCUGUCGGCGGCGUUCCGCGUGAACGUAAGGAUGUAACGCGCAACAACGCAUCGUUUAUUGAACUGAGUUGUAGAUGAUAGUUUGCUAAACCUAGCGUAGUGUAUUUCGGGCGGACUGAAACAAGCUUGCUUCGUGGCCACGUGGCUUCGUUGCCACGUGGUCCAUCAAAUGCGAGCCUUUCCAAAUGCCCUCCACGCCACCUAGGAUGCGCAGUAUACAGAUCUUGUUUUCCUUCGUCCCUUCAUCCACUCCUAUUUAUUAUGCCCCUACUAAGUCUUUGUUGUUUUUCCCUUUUAUUGAGCUUUAAACGGUCGGAGGGAUGAGUGUUUUAUGUUACGAGUACAACCGACGGAUCGGCAAACGGCGACGCCUCAGGUGCUUGAUUCGCUUGGCUUUGGCUCUUAUAAAGUGGAAUGUUUCGACAUGUAUCAUAUUUAAACAAUUUACUUAAGCCAACCAUCAAUCAUGAAGACGCAGCCGAAACUAAGAUUCACAAUGAUAUGUACCAUUUACCAUUCCUUCCUGCUUUCGAUGGCAGCAAACAGUUAAUAAAGUGAACCCAUCGUGAUAUGCAUACUAACAUUAAAGCCGGAAGUUGGUAUAGCUUUCAGACACGGUAUAACAUCCGAUUGCAGUCGACAUAGAGUAGAAGUUCUUUCGAUAAAUGGUGGGUGUGUCAUUUUCAUUUUGGUUCUUUUGUUUAUUUUAUGUACUUUUUUUCAUUC